AUGGAAAAUUCCGCAACUGCGAAAAACACCAAGCCCGUCUCAACAAAAGAGAAGCAAGCCGUUUUAAAGGCAGCUCAGUAUUAUGUGGAUGGCCUGAUAACCGGGAAGGUGGACCAUAGUCGCAAAGGAUUUCACCCAAACGCUGGAAUGUACGGCUGGAUUGAUGGAAACCUAAAAACUGCCCCCAUUCAAGAGCUCUUUGAUAUGAUUGUGGAGCGAGGAUGCACACCGGAACUGAUUUACAACCUGGAUAUUCUUGCGAUCACCCCAUCCACAGCAAUCGUUGAGGUCGACUCAGAGUUGGAGAAUGGAGGGUUCCGAGAUCAUUUAGCGCUCGUGAAGGUGGAUGGUGAGUGGAAGACUGUUGCAAAAUUGUUUCACAUAUACGAUUAG